AUGUUCGUGAGGUCUCCGUUAAACGUGAUACAUAGCUCCUCCGUCAACUUAUACAGCAAUCCUAUCGUAUUACCAGAGAGCGAGAGCUUUCCGGCGAAAAUUGCUGGAAGUGCCAGGCGGAUGACAUUGCACGGCAAGAACGAGACUAGGCUUAAAAUUGUCGCGCCCCCGCCCGGCGGGUCCCCAGUAGAGUGGCUGGAUGGUCUCUAUGCCGAAGAAGAGUUUCACAACUAUGGCAUUCAACAUUCGAACGUCCUUGAAGACUUCGUUCUCAGACGCCAUGUUGCACAAAUUAUGGGACGUGCCGGAGUCAACACCAACCUUGAAAUGCACGUUCUUCCCCAGGGCCGCCUUAGAACAUGCCGCUUCGACUACAAGUCAAUCUCUCUCUUCCUCUCGCUUGCUGUACCGAGCGUUCACGCCCAGGGCUUACAUAGCGAUGUCCCUCCCGUGACGCCAGAAGCAGACAAUAACGCAAAUGGGAAAGUCGUACCUCGUUCAUCCCAAUCUUUUUCCGAUGACGCUCUGCUACUUUGGGAGAAGAUUGCGGUUGGCAGGAAGGGGCUCUUCUUCAACAGGCUGUCAUACAUGAAUUGCAUUAUGCCCUUGGAGAAGAUCCUUGCUGAGGAACUCAGUGCAUGGAACAUCGUUCACGAUGUCAAACCCCUUGACUCGAUCUUCGUGCAUUACAUUGACGUCGCUGAACUCACCGCCUGA